CGGCGCUGGCCAUGGCUGCAGUGUCCCUCUUAUCCACUUUGGCCACCCGGCUGCUCCGGCCGGCGCAGAGCUGCAGCCUCCACCAUCGCCCCUUCCACCUCUCGGCAGUUCGAAAUGAAGCUGUUGUCAUUUCGGGAAGGAAACUUGCUAAGCAGAUCAAGCAGGAAGUGCGGCAGGAGGUGGAAGAGUGGGUGGCAUCAGGCCACAAACGGCCGCACCUGAGCGUCAUCCUGGUUGGUGAGAAUCCUGCAAGUCACUCCUAUGUCCUCAACAAAACCAGAGCAGCUGCCGAUGUGGGAAUCAACAGUGAGACAAUUGUGAAACCAGCUUCAAUUUCAGAGGAAGAACUGUUGAAUUUAAUCAAUAAACUAAAUAAUGAUGAUAAUGUAGAUGGCCUCCUUGUUCAGCUGCCUCUUCCAGAGCACAUUGAUGAGAGAAAGAUCUGCAAUGCUGUUUCUCCCGACAAAGAUGUUGAUGGCUUUCAUGUAAUUAACGUAGGGCGAAUGUGUCUGGACCAGAAUUCCAUGUUACCAGCUACUCCAUGGGGUGUGUGGGAAAUAAUUAAGCGAACUGGUAUCCCAACCCUGGGGAGGAACGUGCUUGUGGCUGGAAGGUCAAAAAACGUUGGAAUGCCCAUUGCAGUGCUGCUGCACACGGACGGGGCGCACGAACGCCCCGGAGGUGAUGCCACUGUCACAAUAUCUCAUCGAUAUACUCCCAAGGAGCAGCUGAAGAAACAUACAGCUCUUGCAGAUAUUGUGGUCUCCGCUGCAGGCAUUCCAAAUCUGAUCACAGCAGAUACGAUUAAGGAAGGAGCACCUGUCAUUGAUGUGGGAAUAAAUAGAAUUCAAAAUCCCAUAACUGCUAAACCCAAGUUGGUUGGAGAUGUGGAUUUUGAAGGAGUCAGGAAGAAAGCCGGUUACAUCACUCCAGUCCCUCGGGGUGUUGGUCCCAUGACGGUGGCAAUGCUAAUGAAGAAUACCAUUAUUGCUGCAAAAAAAGUGCUGAGGCUUGAAGAGCGGGAAGUACUGAAGUCUAAGGAGCUUGGAGUAGCAAGAGGGCAGCUGUGCUUACCACUAUACCACCAAUGCUGCACAAAUUUGUCUUUUCUACGAUUGCAUUUCCCAGAUGUUAUUCCAAUAAUGAGUUGAUGCUCACUUCAGGUUCCAAACCUUCUGAGUCCAACUGGUCAAACCAAAGGAAAAAUGUUCCAAGAGAGAAUCAGGGAAAAGGUAAAAAGGAAAGAAGUGAUGGUAGUUGAGUAGAAAAAAGAUUACCCUAAUUUAAUAUAUGUAUUGAUUGAUAACCAGAAGAAAAACUACAUGUUAAUAGUCUCCUAAGCUGUCAUUUUGUAGCUUAGUCAUUGGGAAAAUGUUUGGGGUUGUUUCAUUUGCUAUUAGCCCUCAUUUUAUGUUCGUUAC